GUAAAUAAGACUCCUCCUGUCUUUUAGAGGCUUGGCCUGCAGUCACUGGGUGUAACCGAUCUCCAGGGAUGUUUUCGCUGGUCGCUCUCUGUUUGUUCCGGGUCAAUCAAUCUGACCCCGACCGGGUCACAUUUAUUGUAGCAACGGGCCCUGGCAACGGGCCGGGGCCCAUGGAGACCGUGUGAAAGUAUGCGAGACCGGUGACUGUACACAGACUGGAGGGGCUGAUAAACGCGACACGUCUCUCAUCCGUCCGCUUCUCGACCUGCCGAACAUGGGAUGCUCAAGCUCCACGAGCGUCGCGGUUCACCCGCUGGCGGAGGCGAACCAGGACGAGGUUCGCUCGGAUGAAGCGGGGUCUAAAUCCAGCGGACGCGGCAACUCAGCCAGGUCAAAGGGCACAACGGACAGCGGGGUCAUGAUGGAAAACAGAGACCAUCCGGUGUUACCUGGAGGAUUACCAGAGAAAAUCCCUCCUGUACCGUCGGGGAGCCUCAGGGAAUGUGUUGCUCCAAAUAAUGUUGAGUCGGACUCGCUGCAGGGCGACGCCACAGUACAGGGGCGUCCCAAGUCCAUGGAGAUACUGGAAGAGCUGUGGAGUCAGGGCAUCAUCCCAGUGGGACAAAUGCGGGAGAAAGACAGUGGAGCUGCCUACUGCAUCAUGGACGAAUCCAAGCGUGUCGCCCGGAGACUUCCUUCCAGGUUGGAGUCACUGAAGGCCAAAAAGGUUCAAAGCCACAGCAGAGAAGAGUUUGAUGAAAAAAUGAGGCUGGUUGAGGAGAGACGCAAGAUGAAGCAAGAAGAAAUGAAGACCCGCUUAAGGACAAACACGUCGCAAGGUCGACGACCGGCUCCCGCCGAGGAGGAAGCGGACUCGACCUCGAGUCCUGUGGAGUCGCUACGGCUCCCAGCAGCCAGCGCAGAGCCUCCAGCUUCUGCGCCCCACGGCCAGGCCCCACGCAAAGCAGCCGUGGGGGGAGAGUGGGUCAAAGGGGCCGAAGGAGACAGCAAGGAGUGGCCGGAGGGAAAACAGCAGGGGGAAAAAACCAGGGAGGACAUGGGAGAGGAAGGAGAUCACCUGGAGAGAGGGGGGAUGGAGGAAGAGGAGCUGACUGUGGUGGAGGAGCUGAGGCCGGGCGAGCUCCAGGAUUCUUUGGAGGAGCUGGAGAGCGACUCCAGCUUUCAACGUGCGGAGGACAAGGACGAAACGUUUUAGUUUAUCACAGAACGGAGCCUCGAAUCAGCGCUUCAUAGGAGAGGAGAGGAAGGCAGCCAAAGGAUUUCAUUUUGCACAUUCACAGAAGACGUUGUUGGCCACAUGGAUCUUAUUAAACAAAUGCAAAAGGGCAAA